CCAGUGUUGGUUUCCAGUUUCUCUGCAAUUUAGGGACAGAAUGCAAGCAAGCCUCCAGUCGGAUGGGCGGGUUCGUUGCACUGUAGCAAUAGAGCAUUUGGGUGCAGCGGUCCCGGGUCGAGUGCUGCUCCGAGACGCCUGGGUGACCUUAGGUCGUGAUGAGUUCCGAGAGCUGGUGUUGCAAGUUACAAAUAGCAGCGGCUCGGAGAUUCCCCGCAACUUCCCAUUACGUCGGGAUGGAGUACGACUGUUUACACGUUUCGUAAAGGAUGGGAAGAGCUCGGUGCGUUUGGGUUCAGGUACAAAGCACGUACAGCUGCUGUUCUCCAACUGUCCUCCCGACCAAUUGCGCCGCUUCAUUCAGACGUUGCGCAUCAAGAUCAAAGCAACACAGGAAGGAAUCAGACCCGUGACUGAACGGACGAGGCUUCUCUCUGGCCUGCCACGCACCUUCGACACAGUCAGUCCUGUGCAGGCCCGCGACUUGCAACAGGGGAAGGUCAGUCAAACCUUACCAGAUGUUGCAGCUACCCCCACAAAAGGCUGUGAACCUCGAAAACGUGUCCGGGUCGAAUCGGUGGACGGCAACCAGGUGACUGAAAUACAACCAAUGAAGAAGCCGCUUUGGUUGAAGCACUCCAAAGCAACACUCACACAGGAGCAGUCAAUGGUGCUGAAUGCAGUCCUGAGAGGAAAGAAUGUCUUCUUCACAGGCAGUGCUGGGACUGGAAAAUCUUACUUGCUGAAAAAGAUCAUGGCCUCACUGCCUCCAAACAGCACUUAUGCCACAGCCAGCACAGGAGUGGCAGCAUGUCAGAUUGGUGGCACCACACUGCAUGCUUUUGCAGGUGUUGGUUCUGGAAAGGCCCCCCUGCAUCAGUGCAUUGAGUUGGCUCAGAGGUCAGGAGUGCGGCUGCAGUGGUUGAAUUGCCAGCAUCUGAUCAUUGAUGAGAUCUCUAUGGUAGCUGGUGAAUUCUUUGAUAAACUGGAGGCCGUGGCCAGAACUGUUAGGAAAUGUGAGAAUCCAUUUGGAGGAAUCCAACUCAUCAUCUGUGGAGACUUCCUGCAACUACCCCCUGUCAGCAAAGGCACUGAACAGGCCAAGUUUUGCUUCCAGGCAAAAAGCUGGUGGAAGUGUAUCCACUUGAACAUGGAAUUGACCAAAGUGCAGAGGCAGACUGACAGGGACUUCAUUUCUCUUCUGGAUGCAGUCCGCCAGGGCAGAUGCACAGAUGAGGUCACCAAACAGCUGACUGCAACAGCAGCCCACAGGGUAGAAAGAGAUGGAAUCCUGGCCACUCAGUUGUGCACCCACAAGGAUGAUGUGGAAUUAACAAAUGCAAAACGACUGAGGGAGCUGUCUGGAGAUUCAAGGUUCUUCAAGGCUGUGGAUAGUGAUCCUGUGUUGGUGAAAACUUUAGAUGUGCAGUGUCCUGUAAGCAGCAUCAUUGAACUUAAAAUAGGUGCCCAGGUUAUGCUUACCAAGAAUCUGGAUGUGUCCCAGAGCUUGGUGAAUGGGGCUCGUGGAGUUGUGAUUGGUUUUGAAACUGAAGGAAAAGGGCUGCCUAAAGUGAGGUUUCUGUGUGGUGUUACUACUGUUGUUGGGUUGGAACGAUGGGUCUUAAAAGGAUCAGCAGGAACACAUCUGACUCGCCAACAGGUGCCCUUAAAACUUGCCUGGGCCAUUUCCAUCCACAAGAGCCAGGGUAUGUCUCUAGACUGUGUUGAAAUCUCUCUAGCUCGUGUGUUUGAGUGUGGUCAGGCUUAUGUAGCACUCUCUCGGGCACGUAGCCUUGCAGGCCUUCGUGUUUUGGAUUUUGAUCCCAAGGUAGUGAAAGCUAAUUCUUGUGUGUUGCAGUUCUACAGUCGCUUGAGGAAAGAACAAUUUUUAGCUCAGGCUUCUCUGAACUCCUACAUGAUAAAGGAAAGAUAAUGAAAACUGAGACAACAAUACAAAUUCAGAGCAUUCCAUUUUUUUUGUUUAUCAUUUGCUGAAUAAUCUGUAACUACUGUUUGGAAAACUACUUUUGUUGGCUGGUCUGGCUUGACUGCUCAAGGGGCAUGUGUCCACCUUGAAGUAUCCUUUUCUACAAUAACAGAUCAACCUUGGGCACAUGGAUAUACCAGAGUCAUGUCUCAAAGCAAAAUCACAAACUGGAAGAGAAGGGCAUUAAGCUAAAGCUCAGCAAAUACUUGUCAUGGUUGACUAGUCAAUUUUAUUUCUGUUUAGCUUAUAUGUAUGUAUGUAUGUGAUGGGAAUUUGUCACAAAGAAUAAGCAACUUACAAGUAAAAGCUACCUAUUCUUUCAAA